AAUUUAUACUAAAACUAUAUAAUUACAUAUUAUACACUUUGGUAAUUCUAAAAUGGCUUUGUCGGAGUGUUUUCGUACAUCAUUUGCCUGCCUUAGUAGGUUCUUAUUCAUGAUACAUGGCUUAGUAGCAGUUUGGAAAAUAGCAGUAUUUUAUGGUGUCUAUGGAUGGAUUCUCUGUAUCGGAACCCUAGGCAUAUUCGUUGAAGGAGCAUAUGUCAUUUUCAAAAGACGAGGAGUUGAGAUCAGCAAAAGCAUAUGCCCUACAGUACUGUUCUACCUGAUAAUGACAGUGCCUUGUGUAUGGAUGAUUAAGAUGCAUAGCCUCAGCAUGAACCAGGAAGAGCUUUCGACUCUUUUCAGUGCUGGAAAUUAUGACUCAUCCAACAAUUCAUCAAAAUCUUCUUAUUUUUAUGAGGAUAUAGAUAUACCCGUAUCAGAUGAAACAUUUGAAAUUGCCAUUGUACAAUCCAUGUUGCUGUUGAUCCUACUGGGCAAGUGGUUAUUACCACACCAUGAAGCAAUGACCCGCCAACAACUCUCAGAACAACUUAUAGGAUAUGUAGGCGUAGCAGCGGACAUCAUUGAUCUGUUGGAUAUCUUCACGAGUGAUUGGAAGCAAGGACAAGAUGGAGUAGUUUAUGCUAUUUUGGCUGUCUAUAGUGUUAGUCUAUUUCAGUUCACAUUUGCAUUACCAAGUAUCACAAGUACUCAGAGUCAGACAACAACGCAUAAAUGCUGGAAUGCCACUGUUGCUAGUAUAUUAAUCGCCACAUUUAUGCAUGAUGCUCCUUUUCUCAUAGUCCGACUUGUCACUAUCAUUCACUACAGAAUUGUCACAUACACAAACAUAUUUUUCGCAGCUAAGAAUGUUUUAAUAAUCAGUCUACAAGGAUAUAAACUCUAUGGAGUAUGUGUACCAGAGUCUGAGCACCUUGAUGAAGGAGAUGUGCCAACUGAGCAUAUGAAUGAAGAGGCUAUACAAUCAACAUCUGGGAGGCAAAUAAUACCUGAUGUAAAAUUCCGUGGAAAUUCCAAUGUCAUUACUUCAAGAAAUAGAACAGCAAAACUUCCUGCAAAUGAAUUAUAUUUAGAUGAUGAUGUCUGGAGUUCCCCAACAAACCCUACAGGACAUAAACUGCCAGUUCGAAGACCUAUACCUAAAAUGCAAAGACCUCCGCAACUAACAUUUGAUGACAACCAACGAAAACUAGUUGCCAUGGUUUCGGGACCUCAACUGCCAUAUGAUAAUAACCAUCCAGUACAAGCAGCUACAGUAUCAGGAAAUCAGGGAGCAUAUGAAAACUACCUUGCAAAAAGAGUUUCUUCGAUCACAAAACGUCAAUCUCCUCAACCUGUUUACCACCCAUUGGAUGAUACUGAACCAACGCCAGACUACCAGUAUAUUUACAGAUAAUCAAAUAAGGAAACAUCAAAUUCCUGUUCCAACAUGAGUACCCAACUCAGGCUCUAAGUAAUUCAUUCAGUGCUAUCAUGCCUUCUU